AUGAGUGGAGAUUUACUAAGCAAGAAUCUAAGCAUCUCAGCCUGGGAAACUAACAUCAUAUGGCUGAAUGAAAGCUACUACAAUGAUACUUCAGUUUGUGCCAUCAAGAUCCAGGCCAUGAUUUUGCUUUGCCUCAUCAUUUCCCUGGUUGGAAUGGUACUAAAUGCCAUAGUGCUGUGGUUCCUGGGCUUCCAGAUGCACAAGAAUGCCUUCUCUGUCUACAUUCUCAACCUGGCUGUGGCUGACUUUCUCUUCCUGUGCUCUCAGUUUGUAAUUUGCCUUCAUAUUGGCAUUUACUUCUUCUACUCAAUUGACAUUGAAAUCCCUUUGUUUUUUUAUAUUGUGUCAUCAUCUGCUUAUCUUUCUGGUCUGAGCAUUCUCAGCACCAUUAGCAUUGAGCGCUGCCUGUCUGUAAUAUGGCCCAUCUGGUAUCGCUGUAAACGACCAAGACACACAUCAGCUAUCACAUGUUUUGUGCUUUGGGCUAUCUCCCUGGUGUUGGGUCUCCUGGAAGGGAAUGCAUGUGGCUUACUGUUUAAUAGUUUUGACUUUUAUUGGUGUGAUACAUUUUAUGUCAUCACUGCUGUAUGGUCAAUUGUUUUAUUUGUUGUUCUCUGUGGGUCCAGCCUCAUCCUGCUUGUCAGAAUCUUCUGUGGCUCCCAGCGGAUUCCUGUGACCAGGCUGUAUGUGACCAUUGCACUCACAGUACUGGUCUUCCUAAUCUUUGGUCUUCCCUUUGGAAUGUAUUGGCUAAUCUAUAAAUGGGUUAUCAGUAUUCAUUAUGCUGACAUUUGUAGUUUUUAUCAUGAAACACUAUUCCUUUCCUGUGUUAACAGCUGUGUCAACCCCAUCAUUUACUUCCUUGUUGGCUCUAUUAGACACCGUAGGUUUAGGCGGAAGACUCUCAAGCUACUUCUGCAGAGAGCCACUCAGGAUACCACUGAGGAGGAAGAAAGUGAAAAUAAGAGCUCUUCAGACCACCCUGAAGAACUGGAAACAGUUCAAAGCAGCAGCUGAGAGCUGCUUGAUCAGACAAAAGUGGUUUUGAGGGAAAUAUUUUUUUCUUAU